AUGGAAAGAGAGGAAAACGAGCUGGAAGAUGAAAUCAAGGAGGCUGGACAUGCACUUCUUUCACCUCCAUCUUCUGUUUCGCAACUCAUCUUUUUGCUUGAGAAACUUGAGAAUUGUUUAACGAGAGUGGAUCAAUCUCCUUCCAACUCAAUGCAAAAGGCAGUAGAGCUUGCAAUGAAGGCACUUAUGACCAAAGAACUUUUGAAUCAUUUGGAUGUGGAUGAUGUUUUGCCUAUUGCACAAAAGCUUGGAGAGAGAGUAUUUGAAAACUGUGGAUCAAAGCUUGCUCGCUACAUGCCUCAGGCAAAUUAUAGUGGCCAGAAGCGUAGUAGGGGCAGGCUGCAAUAUUCAGGAAGUCAUACUGAGCUAGUUGUGAAGGAGAAAAAUGAUAGAGAAGAAGGCUGUGGAUAUCAGGUUUUUGAAGAGGGGAAUAGAGAGGAAGGUGAAAGGACCAAAGAGAAGGCAGUUCAACAGGAAGAUGAAAUUUCCCUAGGGGAGUUUAUGAAACAGAUGAGAAGCAGAAAAAGGGUCAAAACAAACCAGAAGCCAGUUGUGAAGGAGAAAAAUGAUAGAGAAGGAGGCAGCGAAAUGCAGGUUUUUGGAGACAAGAAUAGUGACAGAGGCAGAAAGGAGGAAAUUGAUAGAGAAGAAAGUUGUAAAGAGCAGGGUUUUCAAGAAGACCAUAGCGAGGAAGGCAAGAAGGCCAAAAGGAAGGUUUUCAAAGUGAAGAGACAUCACAAGAAAGGUGUAGUUUUCCUAGGGGAGAUUGUGAAAAAGAAUGGAAGCGGAGCAAGGGUAAGAAAAGACCAAACGGGUUUUCAAGAGGACCAUAGUGAGGAAGGCAAGAAGGCCAAAAGGAAGGUUUUCAAAGUGAAGAAACGUCAAAAGAAAGGUGUAGUUUUCUGUGCGGGGAUUGUGGAAGAGAAGGGAAGGAGAGCAAGGGUGAGAAAAUACCAAACGAGUAGACGAAAACUUAAAUAUAAGGGAAAACAAGCCAUGGACUGUAAAUGCAACCAGCGGAAAAUGCAUGAGUUUCUUUCAAACUUAAAAGGGAAGAAAAGAAGCAUAAUUGCAAAUUCAAUCUUCUCUGCUUUCCUUGAUAUUUGUAAUUGCCCUAUUAACCGCAGUCUGGCAGCAGCUCUUAUUGAAUGCUAUGAUGCUAAAACGGAUGCAUUUGUUAUAGCAGGCCAGCCACUCAAGUUCUGUGGAAAAGAAAUUGAGAAAUGCAUUGGACUCAGCUUUGAAGGGAAAAGGGUGGACAUAAAUUUGUUGGGUGGGCAUAAUGAUUCUCAAAUUGCAUGGAGGUACUUUCAAAUUGUGAAAGGAAAAGCAAGAAUCAAAAAGAAGUCAGCAGGUGCGGGGAAGGAAAAGGAGGAUGGAGAAAUGAGAAGUUCCUUGUCGAUAUCCAGCAGUUUGCUUCUGCAAGAACUAAACCGGAUGAGUGUAGAUGAAAAAGAUGAAGCUGACAACUUCCUUCGUCUAUCCAUUUUAUACAUGUUCAAUGUAUAUUUCUUCCCAUCCUUGUCCAAACAUAUAUCUUGGUGGCCGCUCAAAUUCCUGGAAAAUCUACAUGAUUUCGGCUCAUAUGCUUGGGGACGGGCUGCAUAUGACUAUUUACAUAAAUAUCUGCAAAAAGCAGCAAUCAAGUUGGCUGGUCAGAACAAAUUCUAUGCAUGCUUGAAUGGAUGUGUUCCAUUGUUGCAGACUCUGGCAUUGGAACGGAUUAGCAAGUUGCGAGUCCUAACUCCUCCAACAAGCCUAAGUCCCUCUAUACUCAAUUCUAGUAAGAUGAAUGGUAUGACAUUCGAUGCAAUCUUACAGGUGUUGGCCGAGCUGCAACCUGAUGAGAUCAAGAAAUGCAAGGAUUGUGAAGCUAUAGCUGAGAACGAGACUCGGUUGCAAGGUGACAUGGUGAAGAGAACAAAAAGGCAGAAAUGGAAAGAUAUGGGUAUAGAAGAAGAUAAAAGGAUUGAAGAGGAUCUAUUCCUAAUAGGAAAUGCGCUUGUUUCAUCUCCAUCUUCUGUUCAACAACUUAAUGCCUUGCUUGAUAGUGCACUUAAUCCUGUAAUGAAGGAACUGAUGACCAAAGAGCUUCUGUAUCAUUCAGAUGCGGAUGUAAAAGUUUCUGUUGCAUCAUGCAUCAAUCAGAUUUUAAGAAUUAAAGCACUAGAUGUUCCUUAUGGAGAUGAACGGAUGAAGGUAGACUUGGAAAUUUUACAGCUAAUUGUAGCAGCAUUUGAAAAUUUAUCUGAUACCACAGGCCCUUCAUACAGUAAAAGAGUUUCCAUACUUGACACUGUUGCAAACUUCGGAUCUUGGAAUCUGAUGGUGGAUCUCCAAUGUCAUUCCUCAAUUGUGGAGAUGUUUAAGCAUUUUCUGACAAACAUAAGGUGA